GGACGAAGGAACUUAUUUGUUUUUUUUCCUUCACAAACAAACUUUGUUUUUUCCUAAGAAAAACUUUGAAUUUCGGUCGUGCUAAUUCCGAGGGGUAUUUUGGGGAAGGAAGAGAGUACGAAGUAGAUCUCUUCUCUAUUCUUGCUGCCUGUGGCUGUGGGUUCCUAUGUCGACUCCUGAUCAUCCGUUGCAGCUUGUCUUCCACGCACUCGACAAGCUAUCAAAUAGAAUCCAAUCACAGCUCCACCAACUCCUUCGUUUUCCGGACACUACCCGCUCGCCCUUUUCUCUUUCUGCUGCUACAAAAUCAAACCAAUCGGUUCCAGGACGUGCCGCCUCUGGUCUUCUCCGACCCACUGGAGUUCCCAAGAAGGAAACCUUUGCUGGCCCAGUGAUUAAAGAAGAACUUGGACGGGCUACAUGGACCUUUCUCCACUCUCUUGCAGCUCAGUACCCCGAGAAGCCAACCAGACAACAAAAGAAGGAUGUUAAAGAAUUGAUGGCGAUCUUAUCUCGCAUGUACCCUUGCAAGGAGUGUGCUGAUCAUUUUAAAGAAGUUUUGCUAUCAAAUCCCGUGCAAGCAGGAUCCCAAGAUGAGUUUUCACAAUGGAUGUGCCAUGUGCACAAUGUUGUUAAUAGAAGUUUGGCCAAACCUAUUUUCCCUUGUGAACGGGUUGAUGCACGAUGGGGCAAGCUUGAUUGCGAGCAGCAUGCCUGUGACUUGCAAGGAAGCGACAAGUUCCUGUAACGAAACAUAUUCUAGUUUCAUCUAGGAAUUAUCUUUUUGAUCUUAUACACUUCGACUCUAUGUGAGUAUGUGUAUGUGUGUAAACAUGGAAACAAUUUUAUCUAUGGCCUUUCAGUUACUCAUUCAUACCCAUAAAUAGGGUUAUCAGUGUAAGGGGCUGUUUGGCAACUUCUGAAUGGGUAAGUGCUGAACCAGUAAGAGGUCUGAAUCAUUAAGUGCUGAACCAGUAAGAGGUCUGAACCAUUAAGAGCUAGUAUAUUGCUUAACUAUUCAGAGGCAAAUGUCUGAUCAAUUCAGAUAACAGCUCUUAACCAUUCAGACUCUGUAUAAUACUUAACCAUUC